AUGCACCUGAUGAAGAAGGAAGGAGGAAGGAGGAAGAAGAAGAAAGAGAAAAAAUAUGGAUAUAUGGAUAUGCAGGAUAACCAAGAAAUCGACGUUUACGGUGCAGGGGAGGGAUACCCCAGUACCGGCGCAGGAGUGGGUGGUCAAGCGGGCCCCACUGCGUCGUUAGCUAGCGACCGUGGCCGUGUGGGGGUGGGCCACCGGGCCCCCAUACGCGUAAACGCGUCCGGUGAAGAAAUGGAAGACGUCGCGAUGGAGGAGACCCGCGAGGGUGGGCCUCCCGCAAGGACAAAAGCGAACAACAUCGAAGCGGCAAAGAACCGCGGAAGAAGCGGGGAGAGAAAAGCGGAGAGGGCGGGACCCGUGGACAGGAGAAGAAGCAACAGCCGGGGAGGGAAACCGACACCGACGCCGUCGCUCGCCCCGCUCGCGGUCCCGUCAACCCCGCUUCCAACCGCAGCGGAGCACAGCGGCAACGUGUUCCAAACGUUCAAAAUCCCCAAGAACGUCAGGGACAAAGUGAAAGCGCAAGAUGGGCACAGGUCCAUAGACGGCUCGAUAGAGUCGUCUCGGAUGAGAAAGGAGUCGACCUCGGAUGGCAGAUCGGAGGACGAGGAGUCAAUGGCCUCGGUCACCGCGAGGGGCAAGAAGAGGAAAAUAACGAAAGUGACUCCAGAGGUGUCGGACCGAUUGAGGAACGUUAUCCAAGGGUCCUCACCGAGAGACGUGGACGCCGAAGUACGGCGACAUCAGGCCGAGGUCCUGAAGGUGGCGGCGACGUCCUCCAACCUCAAGGGGACGUACGUCAAAACCCUCAAGGACGCGGUCGAGUACACCGUCGCGGCAUGGUCCCACCAAACAACCACCUCCCGGGUGCCAGACUUCCUGGAAGAAAGGAAGAAGAGGGAGGCGCUGGAAAGAGAGGUGGAAAGCCUGAAGAGGAGGAACGAGGAGUUGGAACAAAGGAUAAAUAGGUUCCUGAAAGGCACGGCCGAGACAGCGGCGCCGUCCCCGACGGAGGCGCAGGCUCCCCGGAGCAGCGGGAGGGCCAAGGACGACAUCGCAUCGGAAAUAGAGAUGCUAAAGAAGUCGAUAAGCAGCCUCGGCCCAUCCCUGUUGGGGACCCUGAGGGAAGAGCUCAGGGAAGCCCUCAGGGGAACGAGCCUGCCGAGACAAGCGACAGGAGGGAAUAUCAGCGGCGACAAAGAGCGGACGACGAUGCCGCGGACGGCGGGCCCGAAGCCUCCCCAACAAUCCCCGCAAUCCUCCCAACCCUCUCAACAGCAAGCGGGACAGGGACAGGAGACGGACGGGGAAUGGAGGACCAUGGUCUCGCGGAAGGCGAGACGGAAGGCCAGGGAACAGAGGAGGAAAGAAGCGGGCCACGGCGCCCCCCUCCCCAUAGCGCCACAAACAAACAGGACGAGAUCGGCGGUGGGACCAGCCGGGCAACCGCCAAGGACGACCCCGGCCGCAUUAGGUGGAGGGGAAAGGAGGAGAGAAGGAAACGGAGAGAAGAAGGCAGGAGCCCAACCGGCGAAACGGACGUACGCGACGGUGGCGGGCAGGGCGGGAUCGGCGGUCGUGCGGCCAGCACUCCGACCCCCCCCAACGUCAUCGGCGGUAACGCUCACGCUGAGGGAAGGGGCUCCGAAGACGUACGAGGAGAUCCUGGCGGAGGCGAGACGGGACAAGACCCUCCAGAAAUGCGGACUGGAGUACGUCCGAACGAGAAAGGCGGCGACCGGGGCCAUGGUGAUCAAUAUCCCGGACGACGCCGGCAUGAGCAAGGCCACGCAGUUGGCGUCGCGAUUAGCCGGGGUAUUGGACCCCUCCACCGUCAGAGUAUCAGUCCCGGUACCGACGGCCGAGAUCAAAUUGGUGGGGGUCGAUAUAUCCCUGAACGAGGAGGAACUGCUGGAGGAGCUGUCCAGGGCGGCGGACUGCCAGCCCCGCGACGUCAGAGCAUGGAACGCGGGAACAUCUAGAAGCGGCAUGGGGAUAUUCUACGCCAAGUGCCCCGUGGCCGGAGCCCGUAAACUGGCUCAAGCGGGGAGGGUCACACUGGGGUGGACCAGGGCAAAGGUGAUCGCACUCCCCAGGAGACCGCUCCAGUGUUUCCGAUGCCUGGAGGUGGGCCACAUGGCGGCGAUGUGCGUCUCCCCGGUGAGAAGAACCCACCUGUGUUUCCGGUGCGGAGAAGAGGGGCACAGGGCGAGGAACUGCACGGCCGCAUCGCCGAGGUGCCCCAUCUGCGAGGCAAAAGGAGCCCCGUCAAAACACAGGAUGGGAAGCGCGGCGUGCAAACCACCGGAGGUAGGACCAUCCGGAAGGAGAAGGGCGCGGAGAACGGCGAUGGCCAAGGCAGCAGAGGCCACGGCGACAACCACGAGCAAGGGCGUCACCGGAGCCGCGGAGCAGGCCAGCCUGUCGGGCAACCCACCAGUCGGAGGGAAGGAUAGCACCAUCGGAUGUAACUUGGGCAGAGCCGGAAGGGCCCAGGACCUGCUCUACCAGUCCAUCCGGGAGAGCAGGACCGACGUGGCGGUGGUGGCGGAGCCGUACAACAUCCCCGCAUCCCCCCAAUGGGCGGGAGAUCUAAGCGGAUGGGUCGCCAUCACUUGGCCGUGUACCUCGGGAGUCUCCGGGCGAAUCGCGGAAAGAGGCAACGGGUUCGUGGCGGUCGAAUGGACGGACCUCGUGGUGGUGGGGGUAUACAUCUCUCCCAACUGCGACAUCCGGGCGUUCGAGGACCUACUGGACGAGAUGGGAGAGUGCGUAAGGAGGCUUCUCCCCCGACAGGUGCUCGUACUGGGGGACUUCAACGCCCACUCCACGACGUGGGGCAACGACAGAACCACCACGAGAGGCAGAGAACUGGCGGACUGGGCCGCGGGUCUCGGUCUCGUGCUGGUCAACAGAGGCUCGGAGUCCACAUACGUGGGGCGGAGAGGAGCGUCGGUCAUAGAUCUGACGUGGGCGACGCAGAGGCUCCACCCCAGAAUAAGGAACUGGCGGGUGGCCGUAGAGAUGGAAACGCUAGCGGACCACCUCUACGUGCUAAUGGACAUCGAACCCGCCAAGAGAAGCACGAGCGGCGACAACAACAACAACGUCGAGGGAAGGACAUCGAGCCGCCCGGGGCUGCCCCCUCCUCGCCGAUGGAAACUGAAGGAGAGGGACGGGGACAUGCUUCGGGCAACGGCCACCGUAGCGGCUUGGUGCUGGGACGCGAAGAGGAACAAGAACCGAGGCAACGUGGACGGGGAGGCGCAGGAAUUGGGAGAAUGGAUGAGGAGAGCCUGCGACGCCUCCAUGCCGCGAACCAGCGCCGGGUCUAGGCGCGACAACAGCAGCGUCUACUGGUGGUCGCGGGAGAUCGCGGACCUGCGAGACGACUGCCACAGAGCCCGCAGGCUGCUCGCCAGGGCGAGAAGAAGAGGGCGGAACCGCAACGAAGAGGAGAUCCUCGAGAGGUACAGGGCCCACAGAGAAGCCAGAAUGGCCCUGCAAAGGGCCAUAAAGGAAGCGAAAGAGGCGUCGUGGAAACGGCUGUUGGAAUCCGUGGAAUCCGAUCCAUGGGGAAGACCGUACAAGACGGUGCUGAAGAAACUCAGGCCGGCGGCUCCCCCGAUAACCGAGAACAUGGAUCGGGAACUACUAGCACGGGUGAUCGACACGCUGUUCCCACGACCGGAAGAAGAAGGAGGCGAAGAGGAGGAAGACUCCCCGAGGCGCCGCGAGGAUACGGAACAGGCCCCCCCGGAGGAGAGGGGAUGCACUCGGAGCGGCGGCGGCGGACCGGCGACGGAUCAACCCGGAGCGCACAUAACGAGGGAGGAACUGGAAGCAGCCACCAAGAAGAUGGCUGCCAAGGACGUGGCGCCGGGGCCGGACGGAAUCCCCGGGCGGGUGUGGGCGGAGACCAUGGACAUCAUGGCCCCCCGCCUGCUGCAUCUGUACAACAGAUGCCUGAGGGAAGGCGCAUACCCCCGGGCGUGGAAGGUGGCGAGGCUGGUGCUGCUGAGGAAGGAGGGUCGACCGCCGGAGUCCCCAUCGGCGUACAGGCCGAUAUGCCUCCUGGACGAGGUGGGCAAGCUCUUCGAGAGAGUAAUCGCCUCCCGUCUGGGGGCGCACAUGGAGUCCAGGGUACCAGGCUGGCACGACAACCAGUUCGGGUUCCGUCGCGGGAGGUCCACCAUCGACGCGAUCCGCAGAUUGAGAGAGGGGGUGGAGAGAGUGGUGGCUCGAGAAGGGAUCGCGAUAGCGGUCUCCCUGGACAUCACCAACGCCUUCAACUCGAUCCCGUGGAGCAAGAUCAGAGAGGCCCUGCGAUUCUUCGAGGUUCCGGGGUACCUCCGGAGGAUAAUCGGGGCAUACCUCCGGGAGAGGUGGAUAACGUACAGAUCCACGGAGGGAGAGGAGAGAAGAGCGGUGGAGCGCGGAGUGCCGCAGGGCUCGGUCCUGGGACCGAUGCUGUGGAUAACCGCCUACGACUACGUGCUCCGCACCCCGAUGCCCGGAAGCACGGGACUGAUCUGCUACGCGGACGACACCCUGGUCGUGGCAGGAGGGCGCUGGUGGUACGAGACGGCGGAGGCUGCCACGGAGGCCACCCGGCGAGCGGCGAGGGCCAUCGGAGAACUGGGGCUGAAGGUCGCUCCGGCCAAGACGGAGGCGCUCGGGUUCUACGACAGAAGACGCAGAGGACCGCCCCCGGAUGGACUGACGAUCGACGUGGACGGGGUAGGGGUCCGGGUGGGGAGCCAACUGAGGUACCUUGGCCUCAUCAUCGACGACCAAUGGUCGUUCGAGCCCCACUUCGAGAGCCUCGCCCCGAAGGUGGCGGCAGCGGCCAACGCCCUGUGCGGCAUCCUCCCGAACAUCGGAGGCGCCGGGAGAGCGGUGCGCAGGCUGUACGACGGGGUGGUCAGAGCCCGAGCGAUGUACGGUGCGCCCAUCUGGGCGAGGGAUCUGGCCGCGAGCAGGCGAAGUCAGGCACUCCUGCGGGCGGUUCAACGCACCACCGCUCUGAGGAUAGCGAGAGGGUACAGGACGGUGUCGCACGCGUCCGCGACCGUCCUGGCGGCAUCCCCUCCAUACGCGUUGCAAGCCCUGGCCCUUCAAAAGGUGUACGGAGCCACGAGAGUCAGGGACGGGGAUCGAGACGAAGACCCUCUGCAGGUGAGGAAGGAGAUAGAAGAGGAGACAUGGGAGAGAUGGCGGCUCCUACUGGAGAAGGAGGCGAGGAAGACGUCCCACCGCGCGGUAGACGCGGUCCUGCCCGUCUGGGACAGGUGGAAGGAAGCGCGGGGCGUUCCGCUGACCUACAGGCUGACCCAGGUGCUCACCGGGCACGGAGUGUUCGGGGAGUUCCUGAAGAAGAUUCGGAAGGAGGUGACCAACAUCUGUCACCACUGCGGGGAGGCGGAGGACAACGCCCAGCACACUCUGCAGCACUGCCCCGCGUGGGCCAUGCAGAGACACACCCUGACGGUGAAGAUCGGGGACGACCUGUCCCCGAGGAGGAUCGUGGAGGCGCUGCUACGUAGCCGGUCGGACUACGAGGCAGUGAGGGACUUUUGCGAGCAAAUCAUGCUCGCGAAGGAGCGGGCGGAGCGGCUCAGGGUCCGAGCCGAGCACCCGGCAAGGAUACGACGCGAGAGAAGUGGGCGCAACGGGGGGAGGCCGCCAUCUCCCCCAACGGAUACGGAAACAACAAGAGGAAGAUGA